AUGGGGGGGUGCCACCUGCAAGGACACUCCGACGCUCAAGUCAGCGAUGUGCAGCAAUCUCAUCAAAUACUUUGCCUGCUUUCUUAUACAUUGAAAUUAUUGCUUACUAUAUUAGCAGCUUUAUCCAUUGUUGCUGCGUUGCUGUUGCUGUCCGUUUGCUGCUUAAGGAGAAAGCUUUUCACCCUUACUAUAUGUUGCUUUUGGAAUAGAACUCGAUCAACCGGUGAAAUAAUCAUUGAAUCCUUUUUGAAGCAACACGGUUCUCAUCCAACCAGACGGUACAAAUAUUCUGAGAUAAAAAAAUUCACUGAUGAUUUCAAAGUCAAAUUGGGACAGGGAGGAUAUGGCACCGUGUAUAAAGGAAAGCUACAAGAUGGGAGUCUUAUUGCUGUUAAGGUUUUAAGUGAAGUGAAGGGAACUGCCGAGGAAUUUAUCAAUGAAGUUGCAAGUAUUAGUAGGACAUCUCAUGUUAACAUUGUUAGUCUUGUGGGAUUUUGUUUUCAAGGUUCCAAAAGAGCUCUAAUCUAUGAAUUUAUGCCUAAUGGAUCCCUUGAAAAGUUCACAUGUGAGGAAAAUUCAACUACAGUUGGUCGCCAAUUGGAUUCCAGAAGUCUCUAUGACAUUGCAGUUGGUGUAGCGCGUGGAUUAAAUUAUUUGCAUCGAGGCUGCAAUACCAGAAUCUUGCAUUUUGACAUAAAGCCUCAUAACAUACUACUCGACAAGGAUUUUUGUCCAAAGAUUUCAGAUUUUGGACUCGCUAAGAUAUGUCCAAGAAAAGAGAGUAUUGUUUCCAUGUCGUAUGCAAGAGGAACUAUUGGAUUUAUUGCUCCAGAGUUGUUUUCAAGGAAUUUUGGUGGAAUAUCUCACAAGGCAGAUGUUUAUAGUUAUGGAAUGAUGGUUUUAGAAAUGGUUGGAGGAAGAAACAAUAAAAAUGUGGAAGUUGAUCGUUCUAGUGAGCUGUAUUUUCCACAUUGGAUUUACAAGCGACUUGAACUAGAUGAGGAGUUAGGAUUGCGGUGUAUCAAAAAGGAAAGCGAUAGGGAAAUAGUGAGAAAGAUGACAUUGGUGAGCUUGUGGUGCAUACAGACUAAUCCUUCGUGCCGUCCGUCAAUGAGUAAGGUGGUGGAGAUGCUUGAAGGAAGCUUGGAAUCAUUUGAAUUGCCGCCUAGGCCCUUUUUCAGUUCUUCUCCAACAUCGCCAAUUAAUUACUCAAAGAAUAAUACUAUUCAAUUCAGUGGGUGGUCCUGGUGGAUUCAAAAUUCCACAAACAUUGGAAUAUGUUACUCUAUAAAAGACCAGCUCCAAGUCAACAGUGAUUACAACAUCCACGUACGCUUAACGGAAUUGCAUUGCAAAGAAUUCUUGAAGUAAUGCUACUAUAUACUCGAUCCAGAGCAUGUAUUAUUGGUCACCCUGUAUAAAGUGUUUGCUACUAUGCUUACAAAAUUAAAAGUUAACUGAAACUAUGAUAAGUCUCACCUUUAGUCUCAAAUUAUUAUAUGUGUGUAGUCCCACAACAGUUGAGGAUCAAGUAGAAUUCUUGUACCCAGGAAAAAGUUUGAUUUCCAAGUCCACUUGGCGUGUCAACAACCUCAAAUCAUGAUAUCACAAUAUUCUUUCUAUAUAUGCAGGUAUUAUGCAAAUCUUUAGUAAAUCUGGGUUGGUUUGAUAUCUAAUAAUCUGUGUGCGAAACCUAUUCCUAUUAUAAGUACCAAUUUUUG